AUUGCCUCCAGACAGAACAUGGCCGACCUCGUCCGAAGCCCUAUGAUGAGGAAACGGCCGAGUUUAGUAUAAUCGAUAAUUUUUGACGUUGUUUGGGGUCAUAUUUCACUAACGUUGACAGCAUUUGCAAAACAGUUACCAAGAUGAGCGGGUUGCCGAAUGCUGUGGCGAAUGGCCACAGCCAGAUGAACCACACUGGAAAGGAUAGCCAGGUGUGGGAGAGGCCAUGGACCCUGGAAGAGAUGAGACAGACCAGUGCCAACUGGUCCCUGGCAGCCGACUCUGGGCUCUUCCUGUUCCUGCAAGACUUCUCUCAGAGGAUGCUGUCAAAGACUCAUGAGAUAGAGAAGCAGCUGGAUGGACUGAUCAGAGACACCAAGGCCACUGACUGCUGCCUGCACACUGUUUUCAACGACUUCCUCAUGCUCUCCAACACACAGUUCAUUGAAAAUAGAGUGUAUGAUGAGGAAAUGGAGGAGCCGGUGCCGAAGACUGAGGCCUUGAAAAGACAGCCUGAACAGGAGAAAACCCGUGAGCAGAAGGAAGCUGAGCUGAUCCCCAAGGUCCAGGAAGCAGUGAACUACGGUCUGAGAGUGCUAGACUCUGCCUUUGAACAACUGGACAUAAAGGCGGGAAACUCAGACUCUGAGGACGAGGAGGCAACCGACAGAGUUGAGCCCAUACUGGAGCCCAAGGACCUGUAUGUGGACAGGCCUUUGCCAUAUCUGAUUGGCUCCCAGCUCUUCAUGGAGCAAGAUGAUGUAGGUCUGGGAGACCUCUCCAGUGAAGAAAUGUCUAUAGACAGUGUCAUUGACAGUGAAGAGGGCAAAGAGGCUGAUCAGUCAGAUGAAGACUUUGAUCAGGAGGAAGGGGUGGCAGGCAGCAUCAAAAAGAAGUCUUCAGUGUUAAGUGAUGAAGAGGAGGAAGAGGAGGAUGAGGAGGGAGAUUCAGACAUAUUCGGAGAAUCUGACAAAGAUGAUGACGAUGACAGGAAGUUUUUGUGUCACAUUCAGAGCACAGGACCAUCAUCCUUUGCUGACGAGCUGGCGGCUAGAAUCAAAGGGGAACCAAUCAGUAAGACGGAGGGCGAUCACACCUCCUUGUCAUCUGCCUCUAAGAAGAAGACUAAGGCAAAGAAAGAACCUCGGGCUGAGAGGCCACCGGCCCUUGAGGAUGAGGGCGAGGAGUUGUUCGGGCCGCCCAAAAUGGAGGACGAGGACUUUUCUCCAUUCGGGGGGAAAGGAGGUCUCUUCAGUGGAGGGAGAGGAUUGUUUGAUGAUGAUGAGGGGGAUUUGUUCUCUGAUGCACCACAAGCGCCUGUAGCAGAAGAGAAGACCAGGGACACCACUCACACUGCAGAGUCUGUCCAGCCGGCUAAGAAGAUUCCUAUAGGGGCAGUGUCAAUAUUCCCAGAGAACAGCCUGUUUGGCCUUCCCGGUGAGCCUGACUCCACGAAGGCCAGAGAGAACAGCAGUCCAGCCAAACCCAGCAAGGUCCAGAAACCAGCCCCUAGAAAGACUUCUGUAGGAGGAGGUCUUUUUGAUGAUGAGGAGGAGGAUGACUUCUUCACUUCUAAAAUCCUGAAGUCCAACUCAGCUGGACAGGAAAAACCCAAGCAGGCCAAGACGGUGGAUCUGUUCGGAGGAGACGAUGAAGAUGAGGAUGGGGACAUCUUCAGUAAGAGCUCCGGUGCACCGCCCCCACUAGAGAGCAGAAAGAAGGUGGAGGUGAAAGAAGAGGAGAAAAAGGCUCCUCAGAAGAAGAUGCCAGCAGGAGGCGUCUCUGUGUUUGGUCCUGGUACUAAAAGCCUGCUGACUGAGGCACAAAAGAACCGUCUGUCAACCAGCGAAGAAUCGGAAAAGGCAGAUGAGAACGACCCUGCCCACAGCGUGGUGAAAAACCCUGCGAGGCCCACCGAGAAACCCAAGACCAGGAGUCUGUUCUCUGAUGACGAGGACUCACAGAUAUUUCCAGCCAUCCCUAAGAGUCAGUCUAAGCCUGAACCCACAACCCAGAGCAAAGCUCCUUUGUCCAUCUUUGAUGACGAGGAGGAAGAGGAUUUGUUUACAUCUGCAAAGAAGUCUAAACCAGGCCAAGCUAAAGCUGGUCCUCCGCAACUCCAGAAAAGUGUCUCUAGCUCCCUCUUCAGUGAUGAUGAGGACCAGUGGAUGAGCCCCAAGCCUAGCUCUGGUAAGACAGAGGAACACACGGGUGGGAUGAAGUCCAGUACUAGCGCCCCCUCCAGUCUGCCCAGUGUUAAAGCAGCCACUAAAGGCAUUCUGUUUGAUGAGGACGAUGAUGAUCUCUUUGCUGCCACCACGGAGUCUAGUCAAAAGAAACCUCAGCGAGUGUCACUCCUGUUUGAAGAUGAGGUUGAGGAUGAUGAAGAUAAGGGCUCCUCCCUCUUUGGCUUCAAGACGUCCGUCAGCAGCAGCUCUUCUUCGGCUGACCGGAAAGCUUCGGCGGUGUCCUCCCCAGCCCCCUCACUGUUUUACACAGACAAACCUGCUUCUCGGCCAGUGGAGGAAAAACCUCCGGGAGAGAGGGUAGUGAAUGAAAGGAGUCCUGAAGUGCAGCCUCUUUCCUCUCCACUAGAGGUCAGUGAGAGUAAGAAGAAGCCAGUAGGCGCAGUCAGUCUGUUUGGAGGGAUCAACGUGCUUGGAGACAAACUGGAUUCAGCCAAGACUAAGAGCCCAUUGGAUGAGCCGGGUGGCGAGGACUCACCGCCCAGUGAGGGCCCACGCCCUAUGGAGAAGGAGGCCAAAUCGAAAAACAACACACUCAGCCUAUUUGAUGAUAUGGAGGAAGAGGAGGGUGCAGACUGGACUUCACCCAUCUCCAUACCCAGCAAACCAGCUGUCAAAAACACACUGAAGCCUGCAGAGGUGCGUCCUCGUACCAAGAGUAGUACCGGGGUGUUCCAGGAUGAGGAGCUGCUAUUCAGUCAGACUCAGCAGAGAGACAAUGACCCUGACGUUGACAUCUUCGCCACGGCUGACACGUCUGGGAGCUCGAGGCCCAGCUCAGUGAAGAGUGCAGCUCCAACACUGUUCGGUGAUGAUGAGGACGAAGAUGACCUCUUCAGCUCUGUCAAGCCCAAAGCCGCUCCGAAAGUUUCAGCGAAGCCCAGUAAACCCAGUAGAGACGAGCUACCCCCAAAACCUGCUGUCACAGCGCAGGUCUCAGAGAGUGAGAAGCUGGCGCCAAGCCCUGUAAAAUCUAAAGAGCCUUCAUCGCGGAUUGGAAAACUCCAAUCCAACCUGGUGAUCAACCCUGCUGCCCUCCUGCCUGGAGCGGUGCCUCGGGUCGGGGUGGGUGUACCACCAGGCCUGAGCCCCAGCUCCACAUCCCCCGGCUCCUCAGACCACAGUGCCAGCCUCGGUCCUGCAGGGACCCAGCCUCCCGACGAUGGAGGGGUGAGCUUUGACAACCCAGUCCAAGUGUCAACGCUCCGGAGUGCCAAUAAGGGUCGAGCCAAAUGCUCCAUCCAACGCAGGCCCCAGUCCAGGGCGGCCCGGGUGAUGGCAGCUCAGAGCUCUGUGGAGCAGAGAGACGAGGACCAGCCAGGACCCAGCCCAGCACUACCUGAGCUAACCCUGCCCGGGCCUAGUCUACCCAAUCCAGCGCCAACCACAGCCUUGCACUCGUCCUUACCGGACUCCCGUCCCUCCCAACCUCCGCCCACCUCUGUCUCCGUCAGACCGUCAGUGCUGACUCUACCAGUUUCAAACACCCCUCCGUCAAAAGAUUCCUCUCAGGCUAGCAAGGAGAGGGAGCGGCCUUCUCCCAAUGACAAUGAUUUGUUUGGGUCGGAUGGUCUCUUUGGGCCCGUGCCUGCCCUAGACCCCAAACCUACCACCGGAUCCGCCAAGUCCAAAACGACGACUAGAGAGGGCGAAUUGACAUCAAAGGAGAGGGAGUUGGAAAAAGAGGCGACCCCUUCAUCCCUCUUUGAUGACCCCAUGGGUGACUUGUUCCAGAAGGUGAAGCCGAGGUCUGCUAAGAAGGCCAAGGCCCCAACCUUCCUGGAAGAUGAGGAGGAGGAUGAAGAGGAUAUUUUUGGACUGGGAAAGAGCUCCACUCCAACUGCUACUGCUGGAGUUAGAGACACUAAGACUGAGAGCAGAACUACCCCUAAGCAGGACAUCUUUAAGCAUGAAGCAGGGACUACACCCAAAGCCAACGAAAAGCACAAAGAGAAAUCCCAGGAUGCCAGCCUGUUUGACGACAACGUUGACAUCUUUGCUGAUCUAACGACCCCUUCGAAACCUAAGGAGAAGAAGUCCAAGAAGAUGGAGACCAAGUCAAUAUUUGAUGAUGAUAUGGAUGACCUCUUCUCCCCCAGCACUGAGAAGCACAUGACCAAGCAGCCCCCCUCCAAGUCCAGGAAGAGCCCUCCCUCCCAGGACUCCGGGGCAGCAGACGACUCGGGCAACAUAUUUGAUGACCCUCUCAAUGCUCUCGGCGGGAAUUGAACCUUAGACUGUUUCCCCAAUGAGCUAGGACGUCGAGUCCCAAAUGGCACCCUUUUCCCUCAAUAUGGUACUGUGGACCUGGGCCCAUUAGACUCUGGCCAACAUAGUGCACUGCAGGGGAACAAGGUACCAUUGGGGAUGAAGCAUCCAAUUGUACAAAAGUGCGGAAAAUGUUUUUGUCAUUUUGGAGAAGGCGUCU